AAUAUUAUUUUAAAUACAAUUGAGUACCCCAUUCCCACGCCCACCACCAUUGUUUUGCAGCACAUAAUUCUCUUCUUCUUCUUCUUCUUCUUCUUCUUCUUCUUCUUCACCUCAAUGAUUCUCCAUUUCUUUCUUUCCCAGUCAUCCUCUUCUUUUCCCCUCUCUUUAAUUUCCCUCUUUUUAUUUCAAUAAACUCCCAAUUUCUGUUUCACUUCAACUAUUUCACUGCAGCUCUCAGUAACAAGAACCAAAACUCUCUGCUCUGCCAUUUCAGCACCGCUGUUUUUACCUUUGAUCGUCCUCGUUUUGAAGGGAUACUACUUGGAGAAACUUUUCUGGGACGUUCUUUUUCUUUACAGGGAAAGAGUACACCAAAAUAUUAUCUUUAUCUCAUAUCUAGUAGAGAAGAACAGAAAGUGAUGCAGAAUCAACCUUCACAUAGUUCUUUUUCAGGUCAUUAUAAUAGUCCAGUCAUGACUAAACCCAAAGAAACGGAAAAUGUAUGGAGUAAUUUCCACAAAUCUGAUGCUCUCCAUGCGUCAAGUGUUACUACACUAUUCUCAAGCUCGUUGCCUGUUCUUUCACAUGAGAAACUGAACGUGGUUGACAAUGGAGUUGCUAUUCAAUCAGUUGAUGACAUCUCGUCUCACUUUAAGAACCUCAACCCAGGUCCAGAGGGGGAUGAUCCAAUUGAAGACAUUGAAACUCAUGCAAUUGGCAGCUUGCUUCCUGACGAUGAGGAGGAGCUUCUAGCUGGUAUAAUGGAUGAUUUAGAUCUGAAUGGCUUGCCUAGCUCUCUUGAAGAUUUGGAAGAAUAUGAUCUUUUCAGUAGUGGAGGUGGAAUGGAGUUGGAAACAGAUGCUCAACAAAAUGCUAGCAUUGGUUCCUCAAGGCUAGGCUUGGGUGAUGGUGUAGUUGGAAGUGUGGUACCUCCUUAUACCUUUUCAAAUGGUGUUGGAACAGUUGCUGGAGAACAUCCUUAUGGAGAGCAUCCUUCUAGAACGUUGUUCGUGCGUAACAUUAAUAGUAAUGUUGAAGAUUCGGAACUGAGAGCUCUCUUUGAGCAAUAUGGCGAUAUUAGGACUUUGUAUACUGCUUGUAAACAUAGGGGCUUUGUGAUGAUAUCUUAUUAUGACAUCCGUGCUGCUCGAACUGCUAUGCGCUCAUUACAAAACAAACCACUGCGGCGGAGAAAACUUGACAUUCACUUCUCAAUUCCCAAGAAUAAUCCAUCUGAGAAAGAUAUAAACCAAGGAACCUUGGUAGCCUUUAAUUUGGAUCCUUCAAUUCCCAAUGAAGAUCUUCUUCAAAUUUUUGGGGUCUAUGGUGAGGUCAAAGAGAUAAGGGAAACUCCGCACAAGAGACACCAUAAGUUUAUUGAAUAUUAUGAUGUUAGAGCUGCGGAAGCAGCACUGAAGGCAUUAAAUAGAAGCGACAUUGUUGGUAAACGCAUAAAACUAGAACCAAGUCGCCCUGGAGGAGCUCGUCGAAACUUAAUGUUGCAACUCAAUCAAGAACUUGAACAAGAUGAUUUAUGGAGUUUUCGCCCUCAAGUUGGUUCACCAAUUGUCAAUUCUCCGCCAGGUAAAUGGAUGUCGUUUAAUGGUUCAAUUAAACCUAGUUCCUUGGGAAGUAUCAGUAAAAUUCCUAGUUAUACACCCAUAAGCCCAACAGGUGGCAACCAUUUGCCUGGAUUAGCUUCAGUUCUCCCUAAAGUAACAAGAAGUACUAUGAAGGUUCCUCCUAUUGGCAAGGACCAAGGAAGGGGUAACAAUAUGGAGCAUCCAUAUUCCAUUACAAAUCCAUUGCAUACCUUUCAACCAUCCCUUUCAUUUCCGGAGCCAAAAUCAAGACAGUAUAAUGAGACUAUGGCCUCCUUCAGACCUCCAGCAUCAAGUGGGUCAAGUGUGGAAACGUUCUCUGGUCCACAAUCUUUAUGGGGAAGUCAGAAUUCCUACUCAGAGUCCUCUAGUUCUUCUGCUUGGUCAAGAUCGUAUGCAAACCAUCAUUUCUUAUCCAAUGGAAAUGGUCAGACACUUCCAUUUCCCAGCCGGCAAACUUCUUUCUUCAGUUCAACUCCAAAUGCCCACUUGCAUCAUGUUGGAUCUGCUCCAUCAGGCAUACCAUCGGAGAGGCACUUUGGGUAUUUCCCCGAGUCACCAGAUACUUCAUUAAUGGGUCCUGGAGCAUUCAGAGGUUUAGGCUCUAGUCCGCAUGCUUCUGUCAAUACCGCCAGCACCAUUCCAAGAAACAUGUCUGAAAUUCACCCUUCAAGUUUUCAGAUGAUGUCUUCAUCCAUGCUGAACCCGAUGAUAUCAGGUAGUGUUCCAUACCUGGGACUGCUACCAAACAGCCUGGAUGGUUUGAAUGAGCGUGGCAGAAGCCGAUGGAUUGAGAAUAAUGGGAAUCAGCUUGACAUUAGAAAGCAGUUUCAGCUUGACUUGGAUAAAAUUAAGGCUGGGGAAGACACUCGAACGACCUUAAUGAUAAAAAACAUUCCGAAUAAGUACACGUCAAAAAUGUUAUUAGCUGCCAUUGAUGAAAAUCACAGGGGUACUUAUGAUUUUCUCUAUUUGCCAAUUGAUUUUAAGAAUAAAUGCAACGUGGGCUAUGCUUUCAUCAAUAUGCUAUCUCCUCAACACAUAAUAUCCUUUUAUGAGGCUUUUGAUGGAAAGAGAUGGGAGAAGUUCAAUAGUGAGAAAGUUGCUUCAUUGGCAUAUGCUCGAAUCCAAGGAAAGGCAGCUCUCGUGAGUCAUUUUCAGAACUCUAGUUUAAUGAACGAAGAUAAGCGCUGCCGCCCCAUUCUUUUUCACUCAGAGGGCCCAGAAGCUGGAAAUCAGAUUCUCCAUGAUCAUCUGCCUCCUGCCAACUUGGGUGUCAAUAUCUGGGCGAUGAACGGGUCACUUUCUAGUGAUUCUUCGGGAAGUCCUCCGAAUUAUGGCACUAGUGAGAGGCCUGAUAAAUGCUAAACGCAACGUCGCCCUCAGCCUUGAUCUUUCACUACUGAAUUGUUAACUCAAGUAAAUACUGAAGUACAUAUGUCAGGAACAAGUGGAUUAGGAAGAACAAACAUAUGCAGAUUUUGUUUUUAAUGUGGUUUCUGCAGUGUUUUGGUAGGAAGAUUGUAUGGAAAUGGAGUAGCUGGAGCCGUGUUGGUUGCUGUACUCAUCAAUUGCAACCCGAACAGUCAACGGUCUUGGCUGACUGUUGUUGUUUAUGCACUGAAUUGGUUCAUGAUUUCUCCUUCAUUUUUUGAAGCUUCCUUUUUGCCUUCCCCCUGAAAUGUUGGGUUGAGAAAUGGCGAACACAAUGUAUAUACACCACAGGCUAUUGUGUUUUUUUGGUUGGGAAGCUUUGAGAGGAGAAACCACACAAUUGUAUAGUGGAUGGAACCUUUUACAAUUUCCUUGUGUUGAAAAAACUUGUUUCAGCUUUUAAAAUACAAGUUCAAUUGCUUGUGUUUUAUGACA